CCGCGCGCUGCGUGUAUGGAGGAAGCAGCUGCUGAUCUGAUCUCUGACAUUGUGUGAGACAGACAUCUGAAUAAACUGCGCACAGACGUGUCUUUAAAACUACCGGACCGAGGCACGCCGUGGAUGAUUACCUCUUUGAUUUAAUGGGUCCAAUCAUUGGGAUGUCACCAGAUAAGAAAACGGAAAUUCCGGGUAUGCAAGAGGAGCGGACUGGCCUCAGAGGUGUUUGUGGUGUGGGAACGCUGCCCGAGGCUGAGUGUGCAUCCAGCCCUCUGGCGACCAGCGUGGAUCGUACGGGUGGCACCGAGGAUGAGGAGCUCACCAACCUCAACUGGCUGCACGAGAACCUGCUUCAGAACUUCACUCUGGGUGGCCCGGAGGCCCAGCCCAGCGGCAGUCCUCUCUUUGACAUCGAAGGAGACUAUGGGUCAAACCAGGGCCCUUCUUCCUCAUCAUCAUCCUCGUCACACGGCAGAGGCAGGGAGCGGGACUCAAUGAAGUCGAAGCCUCCUUUCUCAUUUUCUCUCCUCAUCUACAUGGCCAUCGAGCAGUCUCCCAGCAAAUCUCUGCCUGUUAAAGAAAUCUACGGCUGGAUUCUUGAGCACUUCCCUUAUUUCUCCAACGCUCCCACCGGAUGGAAGAACUCAGUCCGUCACAACUUGUCCCUGAACAAAUGCUUCCGCAAGGUUGAACGGAGCUUGGGAAAGGCCAAUGGUAAAGGUUCUCUGUGGUGCGUUGACCCUGAGUACCGCCCCAACUUGAUCCAAGCUCUGAAGAAGCAGCACUUCCCAGCCGCACAUGCCUUCUGCACACCACCCGCCUCCCCACCCAGUGCCUCCUCACCCCCUCGACACCUCUUUCUUCAAGGCUGCUCGUUCAAAGAGUCUGACAUUGAUGCUGCCACUGCCAUGAUGCUCUUAAACUCUGCCCCCGGGCACCACGUUGACCCAUGCAAUUCUGAAGGCCCUCUGGACCUCUCCCGGCCCGACUCGGUCCUGGUUAGCAGCGAUCCGAAGCAGGACCACAACUACAGCAGUGUCGCCCUGCAGCGCUGUUCCUCCCGCUCCUCCUCCUCCUCUCUCUCCUCCCUGGACGAAGGAGGCUGCGACCGCAGGCAGUCCCGCCGCGCCGGCAGUGAGGGCUUCCACAGCGACGAGGACUCCGACCUCUGGGACGAAAGGGGCGUCCACCAGACUUCCCGCCGUCCGCCUGCCAUCAAGUGGCCCAUCAGCAAGAGGCCACGCAGAGAGGUGAAGCCAGAGCUGGAUGAGGAGCUGAAGGAAGCCGCUGGCUCGUUGCUGCACCUCGCUGGUAUACGCAGCUGCACGGAGAGCUCCAAACGCACUGUCAAGAGCACAAAACUUAACAGGAAAUAAUUUUUUUUUUGUUUCAGCCCCUCAUCAGAUGCCCUGUGAACCCUAAGACCCCUGAUCCGUGUGUCCCAGUGUGCCUCCUUCUCCUACUCUGAUCGUUCAUUGACCAUUUUGAGCCUUUUUUGUUCGGGAAUACCCCUGUCCAACAAAACAAAUGGCAAUAGUAUCGUUCACACAGGAGAACAAAGCCAUAUAGAGACUUUUGUAACUCGGGGGUGACUGUCAGCGGGGGGCGGGAUUUUGGGGCUCUGGAGAACCAUCAAGAAAAGAAACCUAUCCAAAACGACCUGCCUGCUUCUGUUGGAUUAGACGAUUGUGAUUGAAGAGUUUUCCCUCUGAAAGACAAAACUGGGAAAAAGUUGAAGGUUUUUAUAACUCAAAGCGUUGCAUGCUUCCUCCUCAAACCUGUAUCCUCUUCCAAGUGAAUCUAUUUAUGAAGCGAAUGAGUGCAUGUUUGUAACAGACAAAAUCUAACCUCCUGGUGUUAUCACUUUCUCCUUUUUGUGCUAAAAAAUGCCACUCUUUUUGAAAGGAAAUCUUUCUCUUUGAAUCCUCUUUUAGGAGAGAUGCAAUAAUUAAUCCACAACCUUAACUUCUUUUUUACUUUGUUUCACCUUGGCAUUUCUCUUGAGUCGAGUAUGCUAGUUAAACUUUACAAUUAAGAGAUAAACGGAGCAGUACUACGAUCUUGCUAUGCGACAAACUUACCACACAAGAGCUCUGGCUCUGUUUCAGGACUAGCAAGACGUUGAUAUAGUAUUCCUCUGCCACUGCCAAAUUUAGUUGCAAAGUUAGCUAAACUACUUCGGCCAUUACUGUGCUGUGUAAGCUUGUUUUUAUUUUUGUUGAUCCCUCUCAUUCAUCAGUGUGUUUUUGACAUUUACUGUGCAGAUGCGGGACAUAUAUUCAUGAUUCAUGACAGCCUAUGCAACGUGAACAUCUGCCAUGUGCUGCCAGAUGUUCACUGUGUGUUAAUAGGUUCUCCUCCAUAGGUUUUAUUUUAUUUUAGCGUGUGUGUGUGUGUGUAUGUGUAUGAUAGUGCAUGUUGGCUUUAGCCAAAACUUGAGAUGAUGGUGGUCAAAUCAUUUUUAUUUUUUACAAAGUAGAGAGAUUAACUUGAUUGGUUUAAUUACAAAUAUCCUCCUGAGGGCUGAGCCACAGCGUGUCCUAACAGCAAUCGACCCAAGCAACAAAAUCAGCUUAAUUCAGUAGUUUAAAGUGUCCCAACAGAAUGCAAACAUUGUAGAGCAAAACAACAAGAUGCAUGUUUCCUUUUAUCUUUCACUUUCCCACUCAACACAGCUUGUAAGCUUGUUUUACAAAGUGAAAGUAAUGGUUAUGUCAUUAGUAGGGCUGUCAAGAUUAAUCCAGUUAAUUGUGAUUAAUCAAGGUCCACAGUUUCUGCACUAAUUCUUUCAAUCCCAUGCUUUAGUUUUCCUUUAACACACAGCCACAGUGAUGUUGAAUAAGUCCACCUCUGCUCCUUAAAGUCUCAUUUUACUUAAAAAAAUUCUCAGCUCAGUAGACAAGUCAAAAGUCAUCAUUUUGUGCAUUUUGUAUUGUCAAAUAUUACCUUUUACUGUCUCCUUAUAUCCUUUUAAAUCCAUUACAAGUUCCUUUUUCUGUGGUUAAGUUUUUAUCAUAGUCUUCAAUCUACCUAUGAAAGCAGGUUUGUGUCCAAACUGGAAGUCAGUUACCUUUAGUUUAAGACAGUAGUAAAAUCCAAAAUGGCACAUAAACUGUUUUAAAUGCAUAUGGUGCAAUUUUAAAAUGUGUUGAAAAGGGUGUGAUUAAUCACGAUUAACUAAAGGAGUUCUGGGAUUAAUUGCAAAUAAAAAUUCAAAUCUUUGAUAGCCCUAUUCAUGAGUAAUAUCCAUAUCCGUGUUUGAAGUGUUGCUCAGAGGCAAAACUAUUCAGCUUAUCACCGUCAAGUUUUAUCAUCCAAACUAGGGCUGAACUAUUCGGGAAAAUAAUCUACAUGUGAUUUUUUUUUCCCCCCAAUAUUGCAACAAUAAUUACGUCCUUUAUAUUGUGUAUUUUUCAACAAAUAGAAGCGAAGAAUCACUCUACAUUAUAACUAACAUAAUAUAUAAUAGAUACAACUAAUGAUCUUGAAAAAAUAACUAAUUUCAGAUAUUUUAACUCUGAAGCAAAUUCACUAUGAACCGGGGAUAGUAAAUUUUCUCAUUUCGAUUAAGAAAGGCAAGGAAAGUAAGAUUUUUGUUAUUUUUCUUAAAGAAAUUUCCAUUUGAAUGUUUGCAUGGUUUGUAGAGCUUUACAUCAAUGCUGCAAAAAAACAAAACUGGUAUUUUGACACAUUUCAGAUUAAAGUAAUAUUGAAUCUGAAAAUUGCAGUAGGACCGAUUGCAGUUUAAUUUAUAUUAACUACCCAGCCCUAAUUGACACUUUGGUUUCUUCUAUGGCUGCUGCAGAUUAAUCUGACUAAUGAAACUAUUUGUGAUUAAUUGCAUGCUUUUUUUCUCCCUUUCAACACACUUUAGUUAAGCUGUUUCAGCAUCUCCCUGCAGUCACAGUGUUGUAAAACAAGUCCUCUUUUCAGUGUAAAAAAAACUCACCAACAGCUCAGUGGACAAGUCAAUUUCCAAUCCAUAACAAGUUCCUUUUUCCAUGAUGAAGUUCAUGACAUAAUCUUCAAUCUACCCACAAGCACAGAUCUGUGUCCGAACAGGUGGUCUGUUAUCCUUAUAAAUUUAAUAUCUAACAAAUAGGAUGCAAUUAAUUUCAGAAAUACUGGGAAUAGUAAAGAUUAAAAUGUUCAUACUUUGACAGCCCUAGUUUCUUUAGAUUCAAAAUAGAAGUGCCACAUAUGUUACUGUUUCAGGGGGAAAACUGAAAUAAACAUUUCAGAUAAUUUGAUAUUUGAUAGAUUCAUUGUGGACAGAUGCUGCACUCAUGCUGUUAGGACACAGUGGCCAGAAAUGACCACAGCUCCCUGCUGUGUAAUUUAAAUUUGUAGAUUGUUUUUUUCUUUAUUUUAAUUAUGUAGUUUAGAAAACCUCAACACAGCUAAUUAUCUGUGGCCAAGCUAAUUCACACCUUUAGAAAAAGUAUGUUUUUGUUGAGCAUAAAUGAAAGCUAUCAGGCGUAAAAGGGUAAAUAUGUAUUUGCUGCUUGAAAGAUUUGGACUCAGCGUGCGCAGUAGCUCACAGACGAGAAACUGCUGCUCUGAUAUUAUGCCCUCAGUUUGUUCUUGCAGGCUUUUAGCGUUUGCCCUUCCUCUUAUAACAAAAUAAGGAAGUGCACGCUCUCUUCUCAAGCUGUGAAAGCGGGUGUUUAUCAUCAGUCGAUUGCAUGCAGCUCACUGAGAGGAAGUUGUGUAAAAUGCCACAUUUUUUUAUUUGAGCUUUUAAAAAGUCUGCACACUCGCAGUGCACAAUGCAAAGUAGCAUGGAAGCACACAAAGAUAACACAUUAUUAUUUCCCACAGUACUUGACCACAUCGUGUCACUGAUACAAUGUUAGUAUAGUAUGCAUGGUGGGUGCCAAAUGUUUUCUCGUGCCACUGAUGUUGAAACUGCAAGAGGCCGUGGUCUUCUUUAUUCCCCUGCUGCCACAAUGUACUUUGAUGAUUUAGAGUAACAAUGCCCUACUUUUCUGAAUCAUCCCAACAGGAAAUGGGAGAGGACUCUGGUCAGUCAGCGUAGUGACCUAACCAAUCUUUAUUUGGUUUAUUUUUGUCGCUUUAGAGCGGGAACUGCUCUCAGCAGAGAAUAAGCUGCAGUUCUCAGAAGUUCUAUUUGCAUACACUGGUUUUGUUUAGCUGUGAAAAAGAACAAAUGAUUGUUCAUUAAUCAUCAUCUUAUUUAUGACUUUAAUUUAUGGGAUUUUUGAAUGCAUACUCUAUCAAACACUGGUCAUUGAAACUGACUAGGCACAUGACUUUUUCUCCUUCUGUGAACUCCUUUAAAUAAGUUUAUUUUCCUUGUUUUAUUUUGCAGCAAUUUUAUGCCUUUUUUCCUCUCACUAUGUUAUAGUGAUUAAGUAUUUUGCCAAUGUUUAAUGUCCUUAGAGCGGGUGUUUUAUUUUCACUUUAACCAUGACUGCCAGGUUUUGUUGAUGUUUUGUUUUGCUUUUUGUUCAUCCUGAUAGAAAUCAGUUUGGCUGGCAACACACACGAGGAUUUUCAAACCUUACAAGAUUUCAAAAACAUGGGAGACCACAAACAUGAGGACAAUUCAACUGAUUUUUGACAUUAUAAUCUGAAUGCACACACUAGACGAUUCUGCCGAACUGCAAGACCACACGCCUGCUGUUUUAAUGAAGAUUUCAAAGCAGGGAGUCCAAGAUCUCACAGAAAUGCGUGCGCAAACAUGACUCCAGGAGGGAAAUGUACGGUGGAUGAUAGCCGUCUUCCUGGCUAUGUUUCCAGUGUUGUAGUGAAAAACAUAAAUAUUCCACGUGGCUUGAGUUGUAUUUAUGAUCGCUACCAUAUUUGUGCACUGUAAAAGUAUGCAAGCUGCCCAGUCUUCUCACUCUUACUGGCGUUUGCCCAUUUGGAUUGUUUGCAGAUGACAUCAUGCCACAUUGAAAAACUCCAGCUGGGGGGCAGGAAGUGAUUUCUGCAUAGAGAAUGCCAUCAAAUCCUAAAAUUUUGUGCCAUUUACAACUUUGCCAACAGAUUUAAUUGUAAAGACAAAAUUUUAAGCAACUUUUGUAUCCCGAAAGUAGUGAUACAUUCAAGCUAAAUAGUUUUAAAAGCUCAUGGAGAAACAAUGACAGAUAUGAAUUAAAAACCCCCAUGUUUGGUGAAGCAGGCGCCCAGAUAUCAAGGCUGGAGUUCUCAGUGGUUGCCGGAUUGAUUUCUGGUCUUGGCGCUGUUUGGUGCUUGCCUUUCCCCAUUUUCUCCCUGGUAUUUCCUGUCUCUAUUCCUAUUGGAAUAAGACAAAAGCCCAAAAAUGAUGAUUAACAAAAAACAACCUCCAUCGACAGCCUGGACCAGCGAUAUCUGCUAGUCUAUCUGCUGGACCAGCUAGUCUGUUUGGCUCCUAAAUGGCUUUUCCUUUUGUACCAGUUUGACUUUUUAAAUGUGGAAUAAAAAAUGGCAGAAAUGGACUAAAGGACUCCCAAUCUUGAGCCAGCUCUUGUCAUUUACAUAAAAAAAUCAAUUUCUUAGAACAGGCUGGUUUGAGAGUAACACAUAACUCAGUAACAAGUUUUAUUUGGUUUUUACUUACAGAUUGUUUCAACUAAGAGCAUAUUUAUGACAAUGAAGGAGAAAAGCUGUUAAACAGCUAGCCUCUUAGCUCAGUUUAAGACUUCUAAAGACUUGUCUUCCUUCAUCUGGCUGGAUGUAUGAGGUCUGCAGGAUUAAGUAUUUAUGAUAGUACCUUGACACCAGACUUCUUUGUAAAGUUUAGGGAUCACACCUGAUGUAUGUAGAAAUGUAAUGCUAACUGUAGUGUGCAGGUCCAUUUAGGGCUUUAAUGUACCAACUUUCUGCUAUUUCCAAUCGUCACGCUUUUCUUCCUGCCUCCUAGCACAAUCACCUAACUGCAACCAACCUAUUCCAUCAGAGCCUCCCUGAUAUCAAAUCA